AUGGGCUUGUUUUCAUUCGAUGGUGGAAAGAAGGAAUCUCAACCCCCUAACACGCGGUCGCAGAGGAAGCUGUGCUGGGAAUCCAGAGACGCCUUCUUCCGAUGUCUGGACAAGGCAGACGUCUUGGAUGCCAUGGACCCCAAGAACAGCAAGGUUAUAAGCGCCCAGUGUAAGACGGAGAACGACAAAUUCGUGGAGAAUUGUGCUCACAGCUGGAUCAAGUAUUUCAAGGAGAAGAGGGUCAUUGACUUUAAGAGAGAGGAGACUAUCAAGAAGAUCGAGCAGGAAGCUAAGCAAAGGGAACAAAACCAGUGA